AUGUGGGCAUCUGCGAUGAGUGCUAACCCCGACCCAACCGGUGAGCCAACUGCUUCCGACCGCAAGACAUGUAAUCAGAACACACUGUCUGCCCUCGACCGCUAUGGUGCUACUCUACAAGCCUUGGGAUGUAUUUGCCGCUCUUUUAUCGCUCUUGGCGAGGAAACCUGCUGUGAAUCCCGCGAACGCCAUUCACUGGGUGGGAAACAAGGCUCCAGUACAUCAUCUGCUAGCUCCGCUCUUCGCCUUUCACUGGAGUCCAUGAGAAGCAACAGCUCUUUCACCAAGGUCCAGCCGACCCAGAAUCCUCCUCGCUUGCAAAGGGUCUCUGGUGAAAGCGCCAGGUCUGUCAAAAACCAGUCCGCCGAUGCUUGCAUCAUCGCCACUUGUUCAAAGGACAAGCCCACCACUGGUUCUCCUCAUCAAAGUAAAUAUUCGAAGAUGUGCUGCUCCGAGGGCAAGCAGCUCAAUCAAAUUCCGACAAAGAGCAAUCAUGCCCGCUCUUGCGGCGCGGACGACGGACCCAUUCAAGAAGCACCAAGGAAGCAAAAGUGCUCAUCUUGUUGUUCUGUGAACGAGCCCACUACAUUCCCAUGCGACGAGGUCAGCUGUACCAAAUGUUGCCUUUCCCUUGGAAAUCCUGCAAAGCAUCCUGCCGCCCAAUCUGGAAAUCUCGAAUCCUGCCGUUCGGGGUCCAUUAGUGUUGACGAAUCUGCCGCCAAGGUCGGCUGCUCCAAUUCCCAUCGUCUUGGAGACCACCCCGACAAGGAUAGUGACGACAAAGGCACCUGCGCAGACUCAUGCUGUUUGAAAACCAAUUCACUCGUUGAAGCUCCAGCUAGUGCGUGUGUAGGACCUUGUUGCGGAACAAGUAAGAACAUGAUCACCAAAGAGCCUUUUAUUGCCCACUCCUCCGGCUCUUGCUGCAAGUCAUCCAAGCAGGAUAUCGUGCAGAUUCCGAAGACUAGUUGCACAAAAUCUUGCUGCCCAGAAAUCCAGCCGAUCAACCCUCAAGGUUCAAGCGCCGAUGCUAGCUGCUCAUCUGCUGUGCCAGAACCUGGCCCGGUGAUUGACAAAGCCCCGUUUCAGGACGUUACUGACAUAGAGGACCAGGGUACUGGCAAGGAAUCUGUUGUCCUCAGCAUUUCUGGCAUGACUUGUACUGGUUGCGAAACAAAGCUCACUCGAACUCUUGGUUCUUUUCCCGCCGUCGAAGACCUGAAGACCAGUUUGGUUCUCUCUCGGGCCGAGUUUAACGUUGAUCUUCGCCUUGGGUCGGUGGAACAAAUAAUGAAGCAUCUGGAGCGGACGACUGAAUUCAAGUGUGAAAGAGUCCAGAACCAAGGUUUUAGCCUAGAUCUUAUUGUCCCCGAUGACUCCUCGAAAUUGAUUAGUCAGCCAUGGCCAGAGGGAGUCCAUGACACGUCCCUCGUGGACGAACAGACUGUGCGAGUUGUGUUUGAUCCGAAGGUAGUGGGAGCUCGAGACCUCACCGAGAAGAUUUGGGGUCCGCCAAUUGAACUUGCUCCUCUACGUGGCGAUCUUUCUCUGGAGGCUGGCAAUAAGCAUGUCCGCCAUGUCGGCUAUAUGACCUUACUCUCUGUUGUCUUGACCAUCCCGGUCCUAGUCAUGGCAUGGGCUCCGCUACCUGAGAGGGAGGUGGCAUAUUCCACGACUUCACUUGCCCUGGCCACCAUCGUUCAAGUUCUCAUCGCAGGGCCUUUCUACCCCAAGGCACUGAAAGCUCUCUUUUUCUCGCGAGUUAUAGAAAUGGACCUUUUGAUUGUCUUGAGCACCACUGCUGCCUACAUCUUCUCGGUUGUCUCCUUUGGGUACCUCAUUGCCGAGAAACCCCUUUCGACCGGUCAAUUUUUUGAAACAAGCACUCUUUUGGUCACUUUGAUUAUGGUCGGUCGAUGGGUUGCCGCUCUUGCUCGUCAGAGAGCCGUCGAAUCUAUUUCUAUCCGGUCCCUUCAGCCAUCGACAGCUAUCCUUGUCGACGAAGAGACGGGAAGGGAACGUGAAAUUGACACCCGGCUUCUUCAGUAUGGCGACAGCUUUAAAGUUCUCCCUGAUACUAAAAUCCCGACCGAUGGUACUGUCAUCAAUGGGUCAUCCGAGGUUGACGAGUCUAUGCUUACUGGUGAGUCUCGACCGGUGGAGAAAUAUCCCGAGUCUGUGGUAAUUGCCGGGUCUAUCAAUGGACCUGGAGUUAUGACUGUUCGACUCAAUCGUUUACCCAGUGAGAACACUAUCCACACCAUCGCUGCGAUGGUCGAUGAGGCGAAACUGUCGAAACCCAAGUUGCAGGAUCUAGCGGACCGGGUAGCAGCCUAUUUCGUACCGAUUAUAGUGCUAUUGACGAUCAUCACGUUUGUGAUCUGGGUUGCAGUAGGCAUGACCAUUCGUGGAUAUGAUGGAUCUGAAGCUACAAUUCAAGCUAUCACCUACGCCAUUACUGUCCUCAUUGUCUCUUGCCCCUGCGCUAUUGGACUGGCUGUUCCCAUGGUGAUCGUGAUCACUAGCGGAAUUGCAGCGGAAAGAGGUAUCAUUUUUAAGUCAGCAGAUGCAAUCGAAUUGGCUCAUAAAACGGCGCACGUCGUGUUCGACAAGACUGGGACCCUGACUCGGGGGAAACUUUCCGUUGUCGCGGAGGACUGUGUUGACGGGGAUAAACUCCCGAUUCUUCUAGGCCUCAUCGAAAACAGUCGACACCCUGUCUCGGUUUCUGUGGCUUCUCAUCUGAAGGAUGCUGGGGUUAUUGCUUCGACUAUUCCUGAGUCUAAGAGCCUGACUGGUAAAGGCAUUGAAGCCGUCUUCGGUGACCAGAACCUUCGAGCAGGGAAUUCUCGCUGGUUAGAUUUAUCGAACCAUAAACUUGUGCAACCAAUGCUUGCUCGAGGUUACACUGUCUUCUGUUUUACAAUUGAGGAUGACUUCGUGGCGGUCUAUGGCCUAGAAGAUGAGCUUCGACCUGACGCUGCAGGGACAGUUGAGAACCUGAAAAUGCGUGGUGUCUCGGUGCAUGUGGUUUCUGGCGACGAUGACGGAGCUGUCCAGACUCUAGCGUCGAAGCUUGGCAUUCCUAACAACAAUGUGCGUUCUCGAAGCUCACCUUCUGACAAGAAGGACUACAUCCAGAAGCUCCUUGACGAUCGCACCGGUCGUAAGGAAUCGGUUGUAGUGUUCUGCGGUGAUGGUACGAACGAUGCCGUUGCUCUUGCGCGGGCUACGAUCGGCGUCCACAUGAACGAAGGCACGGAUGUCGCACAAUCCGCAGCAGAUGUGGUUCUCAUGCGGCCUUCUCUGGCUGGCAUCCCCACCAUGAUGAACGCCAGUCGGAGGGCUAUCUACCGCAUCAAGUUCAAUUUUACAUGGAGCUUCGUGUACAACACUUUUGCUGUUCUUCUCGCUGCGGGUGCCUUCGUGAAUGCGAGAAUUCCCCCGGAAUUUGCGGGGCUCGGAGAGUUAGUGAGUGUAUUACCAGUCAUUGCUGCCGCGGUGCUCCUGCGCUGGUCGAAGAUCUAA